AUGCAGGUUCCCUCCUGGAAAACUCUGAGGGCGCUUUGGACAGCUGCAUUGCAGCUGCGGUCUGGAGGAACUGCAGCGAGUGGGGGGCGCGCCAAUUUCCGCAUUUGCGAUCGUGCUGGUGCCGCAACCUCUCGUGGGAUCCGCAUGGGCCGCCACCGCCGACCUGCGCAAGCGCCGCGUCAGCGUGACGUCAUCCGUGCUGGCAACAUUUCUGCACCCCUCCCUCUUCUCCUGGCCCUAGAUGCACGGCUCGGGGGAAAGUUCCGGGCCCCUUCGGCGGCUUUUGACGCAGAUGCUGCAGCUCGGUCAGAAGUCACCAAGGACAAUCCGACUGGCGGCCGUGCAGGCCUCACCCAGGAGAAGAACGGCAGCUUCUCCAAGAAGCGCAAGGGGAACGAGAAGAGCGGUUCUGGCCCGUCAGCUCCAGCGAAGAGGGAGCUCCAGAACAAGAAGAAGAAGCUCAUCGAGGGGCCUUCUGGUCGCGCACUGACCAGGGAGCAGAUUUUUGAGCUUAAGAAGGCUGGGAAGUGCUUUAACACUAGGACCGUUAAGUGUUCCCUUUCGGGAACACUGUUCCCUUUCGGGAACACUUAG